AUGGUACCGGUACUCACUCCCGAAGAACGCCAGAAGUUGCGCAGCACAGUACUACAUCGCAUGCAGCUGCAACUGGAAAAAACAGAAAAACAAAUCGAGACCAUUAAGAAGCAGACAUUGGCGAAGUUGAACCUUCUUCAGCAGCCUGGCCCAGCAUCAGCGUCCCAGCAAAAGGAACUAAUCAGACAGGUGCUUGAACAGGAAGAACUUCGUAUAGAAUGA